GCGAAAAAUGUAAAAGUAAAAAAUCGGUAAGUCAGAGGGGUAAAAGGGAUUUUUUACAAUAUGAAUUUUGGGACUUUGACGGUGGAGUUGAGAAGGUUAUGAAAGAGCGCUUGGCCGCAUAGGUUGUGCCGCGCGAUCCAUCCCAAGCAAGCUUAUAUAAAGUCUGCUAAAGCCCGCCAAGCUGGCAAGAAGAUGGCGGCGCCGCCGAAUGUUUCCCGCGCAAAGACGUGGAUGGUGGACGGCAGAUAGAUGACUACAUGGUAUGCCGAGUGCGCGGGCGAAUGCUGCGAAGAGAGUUGACUGCGGUGUCAAGUGAAUCGUGUUUGUGCGAGACUCUCGGAGCUCGGAGCUCGGUGCCCGGGGCCAAAGGACUCCGUUUGAAAUUGCCGCACUAACUUUACUUUUUGAAUCCUCGAUUUUCUUGAAUUGUGUUCGGUAACGCGGGCGUAAUCGCCUAGCACAAACGCGGUUGACAAAAUGGGCCAGUCCGACGAUAUCGAGGACUCGACUUUCAUGAAACACCAGGAUCUCUGCCAAAAGCUUAAUAUGGACGCGAGCGCUGCCAGCGAGGCCUGGAGAUCUUACGAGAACAUAAGGCAGCACUACACUCUGGAGGUAUUCCUUAUUUACUUAAUUACUUGCGCGAAGCGUAGGUCGCUUCUCUCUCAUUUCCAGUCGUAUUAUAUGCCUUCCUUCAUUUGUUUUCCUCCUUCGCCAUUAACUUAUCGAUAUAGCAUUGUAAUGAAAUAUUUGAUUGUGUUGAAGGGUGAUCAACUGCAUUGGAUAGGAUGUGCCCUGUACGUUGCUUGCCGGAAGGCCUCGACCCCUACCGUAGGAAAGACUGGAGCAAAUAUUCAAGGGAAUUGCGUUUCCUUGACUAGACUUCUCAGGCUUUGUAAUUUGCCUUUAAUAGAAUUUUUUACAAAAAGUAAAGCCUGGGCUGAUAUGUGUAAUAUGCCUCAAGAUUUUGGAGCAAGAAUAGAUACAUUACAUAGAAACUUUUCUGUGUCGUCGGUAAUAUUCCAAAAGUAUCAACCAAUUUUUAAAGAUAUAUUUAAGAAUCCAGCCGACGAUUUAAGCAAACCAAUGAGAUCUAGGAGACACAAAGCUGUACCCUGUACGCUUUCGAGAUUAUUCGAAUUUUGUUGGUCACUUUUUAUUUGCAUAAAAAGCGGAAUAUCAACAAUUUCUGAUGAUCUUGUGAAUUCUUAUCAUUUAUUAUUAGUUGUCUGCGAUCUAAUGUACAGCAAUGCUGUAUUAGCAAACAGAAAGGAUUUGUUGAAUCCUGAUUUUCCCGGACUUCCUGAAAAUUUCAACGAUGAAAGCUAUACUCCACCAGAAGUCACAAAUUGCAUAGUCAGCUUAUUAUGCGAGCGUCAUAAUGCUAUCGCAGUUGAAGCUAUUGGAAUCAAAGAGUAUUCCUUAAAGCGAUAUAUGAAUAAGCUUUUUAAUGAAAAGACUAUACGAGGAGAUCAGUCUAAUUUUUCUGGAAUCUUGGAAGCCUUAAAUUUUGAUGGAAAUAACAAAGCAAUUAACAAAGCUUACGAACAGCAUGUCCUCAGUGUUGGAGAUCUUGAUGAAAGAAUUUUUCUGGCUGAAUGGAGAAGAGCAAGACUAGAGGGUGUAUCACAAAUGCAAGCUGUUGAUGGAGAAUUAGCUUGGUCUGUGUUAUCAAAAGGACCAGAUUCACCAUCAAAAAUGAUAAAUAUGAGCGAUCUUCAAGAGCAGUUUCAACCAAAAAAAGAGCAAAUAUCGAUACAACAUUGGGCACCACCAACGCCUCUCACUGGUCGUAAAUAUUUAAAAACAAAAGACGUAACAAAUGCGACAACGACGUCAAAUCCAACGCAAAGUGUCAUACGUCUGCAAACUCUUUUAGUAGGAUGUCAAGCUUUUCCAUCUGAAAAUCUCUUGGAAAUAUUUAAAAACAGUUCACCAGAUAUUCAAACAUUUGUAGAAAUGAAGGUUCAAGAAUUCGGAAAAACAUUCUGUGAUGCAUAUUCACCAAAAAUUGUUGAUCAGGCUGAAAAUACUUUUCUAGAUUUUGGAAAAAAACGUUUACAAUCCGCGCAAACAUUAUUUUAUAAAGUUUUAGAACUUGUUUUAAAGGAUGAAAUGUCGAAGAAACAAAAUUUUGAUGUUUCGACUUUAUUGAAAAACGAUGUUUUUCUUCAAUGUUUAUUCGCAUGUUGUUGCGAAAUUGUCGUUUAUUCAUAUCAAAAUAAAGACAGAACAUUUCCUUGGAUUUUAAAAGCACUAAACUUGGAAGCUUAUUUCUUUUAUAAGGUUAUUGAAGUUAUUGUUAAAGUCGCUGUAGAUCAGCUGACACGAGAUAUGGUCAAGCAUUUGAAUACUAUAGAAGAAAUGAUCCUUGAAUCUCUGGCUUGGAAAUCAGCAAGUCCUUUAUGGCAAGCACUUCAAAAUUGUGAAGGCGGUGUUCCAUCUUACGAAGAUGUUGCAUUGCCUGGUACUUUUGAUUUAGUAGAUCCCAACACUCCUGGGCAACCAGUAUUGAGAAGAAUUGCUUUAGAUAGAGGAGCGCAUCACGAUGUUGCACAAAGUCCCAUUUCCUCUGCCUCUGAACGGUUUCAGUCUCCAGUGCCGGCAUCAGGCGUUGCUAAAAAACGUUUAUUCACCGAUUCGAAAUCGUCGGCACAAAGUGUAUUAAAGGUAGGCGGACCAAGCCUAUUGUCCCGACUCGUCGCAGUGCCUGAACAAUCGAGUCCCCAGAGGAACGGCUGUGGAUCAACAUCCAACGCUUCCGUAGCAACUGUAAAUCGCGACCAAAGUAAGCCCCGCCGCACGGGCUCGCUCGCCCUCUUUUUCCGUAAAUUCUAUAAUUUGACGAUCACGAGAAUGCAGACGAUCUGCAACUCGUUGGAUAUAACCGACCUCGACCUCAAGAGAAAGAUCUGGACGAUUUUCGAAUAUUCGAUAAUGGAGCGGACGAUUCUCAUGAAGGAUCGACAUUUGGAUCAGAUCCUCAUGUCCGCAGUAUAUGUCAUCUGCAAACUCGGUAAAAUUGAGAAAAAUACGUUCACAGAGAUUAUGCGCUGCUAUAGGCUCCAACCUCAAGCAGAGUCACAUAUUUAUCGUUCCGUCCUUAUAUCAAGAAUCCAAAAUAAUUCGGAAGCAGCGUUGGAGGAUAACAACAGGAAUAAUCAAACAAAUAAUGCGGCACCGCCGACCCCUUCGGACAUGGCCGCGACAUCACGUAUCUACGGCUCCGAAGAACGCGGGGAUCUUAUCAAGUUUUACAAUACGGUAUACGUUCCGGAGGUAAAGGAUUUUGCUAAGAAGCUCGGUCUGACGGAGGGCAGUGUUACGAAUCUAACGCUGAGUCCGUUGCCAAAGGGCCGAUCACUCACUAGCAGCUCGCCGGUGAGACGGGUCACAGAAAGUGUCAUGACUCGCGUUCUGGAUCCUAAGGAGAUCGCGGCCUCACCUGCGCCUCAAUUACAUUACUGCUUCAAUCGCAGCCCAGCUAAGGAUCUGGAGUCAAUUAACAAGAUGGUGACAUCCGUUGACGCAAGGAAAUGUGUAGGCAAGCGUUUGCUCUCCGAUGAUACUGAAAUUCCACUUACACUGCCAAACGGUGAGCCUAACGUGAAAAAACUGAUGACCGCGACAACGACGUUCGUUGCUCGAAAACUGGAGAACAUCAUUGGCGAUCGGCGCACGCAAAAUCAGUAGACCAAUUGCGAAUUUCAAGUAAAACGUAGGACACUGUACGGUAACCGAUGGUCGUUAUACAGUGAAAGCAAAUGACAUUAUUGAGGAAUAGCUGCACUACGAAACAUAUUUAAACACAUCGUAGAAAGAGCUUACUCUCAACAUGCUACAUCAGCAGUCAUAUGAACGCCUACCGCAGUGUUCUAAACUUCUUGUAUGGAGUGGUUUAGAAAUUGUGCUUCAUUAGGGUCAUGGAAAGCACUCGCCACGCUAUAUACGAAUACAAAUCUGUACACGUCAGCGAUGAGCACCAUAAGCAUUGUGUGUGGAAAUGAGCGAUAGAGUAACGAAAGGCUUCUCGAACGAUCUCUUAUACUGUAUAAUUUUAUCAUAGCGCAACACUCUGUGUGCUCGAUAUCUCGAAAGUAAUGUCGCACAACCACGGGGUCCUACGUCCCACGUGAGAUGGAUUUGUGG